GGUAAGGUAUUCGUUUUUCCCCAGUUUGUGGAUCAAAGUAUAAUGGAUUUAUACCCCAGUCUAGAUGGUGGCGAUUAUGCAACUGAAAAAAGUGGGAAAACUGACCUAUAACUGUGUUGGAGGGGGCGGAUCACUUGGUUGUUGAUUCCUAUCAUUCAUACAGCAGUGCUGUUGUCGCUCUAGCUUGGCACGAGCUCUCGCAUGAAGUAGCUCGAUUUUUAUCAAAGCUACGGCUGAACCAUAAAAACAUGUCGAAGGAGUCUCCCCGCGAGCCGGAGCAGCUCCGCAAGCUCUUCAUUGGUGGGCUGAGUUUCGAGACCACCGAGGAGAGUUUGCGGAACCAUUUUGAACGAUGGGGAUCCCUCACAGAUUGUGUGGUCAUGAAAGAUCCAGUCACAAAGAGAUCUAGGGGCUUUGGCUUUGUCACAUACAGCUCAGUGGAUGAAGUUGAUGCAUCAAUGGAGGCUCGUCCUCACAAGGUUGACGGCCGACAAGUAGAGCCCAAGAGAGCCGUGUCCAGAGAGGAAUCCUCUAGGCCAGGUGCUCACACGACGGUGAAGAAGAUCUUUGUGGGUGGAAUCAAGGAGGACACAGAGGAGCACCACCUUAGAGACUACUUUGAUAAAUUUGGCAAGAUUGAAGUCAUCGACAUCAUGACUGAUAGAACCAGUGGGAAGAAGAGGGGAUUUGCCUUUGUUACAUUUGAUGAUCACGAUUCAGUCGAUAGGAUUGUCAUCCAGAAGUAUCAAACAGUGAAUGGUCACAACUGUGAAGUGAGGAAGGCUCUGUCAAAGGAAGACAUGAACCGGUCAGGGCCAAGAGGUGGAAACUUUGGCGGAUAUGGAGGUGGUUUUGGUGGAGGGAGAGGAGGUGGAGGAUAUGGUGAUAACGAUGGAUACAAUAACUAUGGAGGCAAUGGUGGCGGCUAUGGUGGAGGCCACGGCAGGUAUGGUGGCGGCAACUGGGGCUAUGGCGGAGGAGGCAGCUAUGGCAACCAGGGUGGUGGCUAUGGAGGAGGAGGAUACAACAAUGGUGGUGGUGGAAACUACGGAGGUGGUAACUACGGCGCUAGCGGUGGCGGCAGCAGUGCAAUUGGUGGUAGCGCUGGAGACUACAAUGACAUUGGCAAUUACAACAGCCAGUCAUCCUCCAGCUAUGGCCCAAUGAAAGGAGGUAGCAGCUAUGGCGGUGGUGGAGGAAACUACGGAGGUGGUAAUUACGGCGCUAGCGGUGGCGGCAGCAGUGCAGGUGGUGGUAGCGCUGGAGACUACAAUGACAUUGGCAAUUACAACAGCCAGUCGUCCUCCAGCUAUGGCCCAAUGAAAGGAGGUAGCAGCUAUGGCGGUGGUGGAGGAAACUACGGAGGUGGUAAUUACGGCGCUAGCGGUGGCGGCAGCAGUGCAGGUGGUGGUAGCGCUGGAGACUACAAUGACAUUGGCAAUUACAACAGCCAGUCGUCCUCCUGCUACGGCCCAAUGAAAGGAGGUGGCAGCAAUGGCAGUGACGGGGGCAGGAGCAGCGGCCCAUAUGGUGGUGGUGGUGGUUAUGGAGGAGGCUCCAGUGGUGGAUAUGGAGGGGGCUCCGGAGGCCGACGGUUCUGAGGCUACAUUACUUAGGAGAGGCGAGCCAGAGAUGUGACAGGGAAAGGAAGCAGCAGGUUUACCCCCUAGAUCUGCUCAGCCAAGCACAGUUGUGGCAGGUUUACAUCUGCCACAUGAAGAGAAAUGUACAGUAGACAAGGAAAAAUCAUGUGGGAAGGGGAGGAGGGGAAUGGGUGGGUCAAACCGUUCUUGUCAAAUGCUUCCCGGCAGGAUUAUAUGAUUUUGUUAUUUUUGUUUAUGUGAAGUGUAAAGCAUUCCACUGAGGUUUUAUGUAGGCAUUUUGAUUUCCCCCGCAACGAUAGGGUGUUUCUUAAAGAUUUAACUGCCACCAAAUCAAGAGAAAUCAACCGCUUUUCAGUUUUUACGUUGUAUAUUUUGGUUGAUGGGUUCCUGUUGAUGAGUAGAUGGUAUGAAGUGUUUUUGGAGAAUCCUCAAUGAUCAGAUGCUAUGUUCCAUAUUCAGUAUCAAAGCAGGUGUCAUCGGGUCCGCCGGGUCGGUUUCUCCCCAUAAGAUUAGCAUUGUUGCUAAUGGACAAAAUAAACGUUUUCUUAAAGGCUUUUCUGUUGGCUCAUAGCUUCACAAUCAAUUGGAGUCUAGUUUACACACACAACUUGAGAAUAGCCAUUAAUUUGGAGGAGCCAGCUGAGAGUCUAGCCAAGGAGGAACCAGCUGAGGGAGAGAAGUAGCAAGAUCCCCACGAGGAGCCAGUGAAGCAGGGGACAGCAGCAGUCUUUGAGUACAGAUGGUUGCUCUUGUAAGACUAGCGAGAGGCAGCUCGAGAAAGGAAGGGGUAUUUUAUAUACCAUGCUGGUAGGUAAAAAUAGAUUUUUGAUCAACUCUUGUAUGUGUAACUCUCACCUUUUUUGAAUAUGUUAGCAGUCCACAUCUCGACAAAUUAACUAACAUGGGCUGCAUAGGCAUUUUAUUUCAGCAAAAGUAUUUAAUCUUAGAAUAAGAGGGCUUAUAGCAGUGUUUUUGGAUGCCCAAUCAACUGAAUGAUGCGAACCUUGACCGCUACUCUUGUACUGUUGCAUUUGUGACAACAUAAGUGGCCCAAUGUCCUCAACAUUAAUCACUAGGUCUGGUGUUUGUAGUGCAUGAAAAUCUAGAAUAAAGUCACUCAUUGCAUUAAUAAUGUUUGUAAAUCCUUUCUCUUUCUUCAUUUUCAGGGCUGUAAGAUAUCUGCACCAGUGCACCUUAUCUUGCACCUCAUCUCUACACCUGUACUGGAAUGACAGGUGGUUGAAGGACCAAUCUUGACACCAUGGUGUCAUUUUAAAUGGACAGAAGGGACACUACAGGAAUGCUGCUGGACAGUUGUUUUUAAACUUUUGUACUAACUUGCAAUAAAUGUGGAUUUUUUUUAA